AUGGUCUCAUUCAAUGAAGCACCCGAUGAGUCCAUUCGCUCGCCACUACCACUGCUAAACAACGUGUACCGUUAUAACCGUGUCAAUUGGUACACGGCAUCAACAGAGGGACUAGGGCUAAAAGGUCCUGCAAUAAUCACGCAAUUUUUGGGCGGCCCUUCUCGGGAUUAUGAUCAGGGCUAUAUAAAAGCCCAACCUUAUGGCCGUAGUUUCAAUACAUUUGCUUUCGAGGUAAACUAUUUUGAUACCAUAAUGAAGUUCUCCAUUUCCGCCGUUGCUCUCGUUGCUGCCAAGGCUAGCGCCAUCACCUUCUAUGCCUCUAACUCCUCAACUGCUCUGGAGGAGUUUGCCGUCUCUGGUGUUACUGGAUGGUCGAACCCUCAGUUUGCUUCCAUCUACCACACCUGUAACGAGACUAAUGCCAGAAUGAUCCGCGCUGGUCUCAAAGAUUCCCUGGAGGCUGCUGCCUACGCCAGAGCCCGUCUGACCGAGUACGGAAAGGACGAUGAGAUCUAUGAGAGAUGGUUCGGAAAUGGAAGCAUCUACGAGGUCAUCGGUACCAUUGACUGGCUUGUCGAGGCCUCUAAGGACAGUCUUCUCUACAGAUGUGACGACAUUGACGGAGAGUGUGCUGCAAACCCAACUACUUACCCAGGAUACCACCGUGAGGAUGCCUCAGGAGAGACCGUUAUCUGCGAUCUGUUCUACACCUCCAAGAAACCUCUCGCAAACAUGUGCUUCGAUGGCUCCAUCGUUAGCACUGGUCCAAAGCAUUAUGCUGGUAUUGAUCUGCUGCAUCGUUACCUGCACGUUCCAUACAUGAGCUCUGACGGUUACAUUGCCGAGUACUUUGAGGAGCUUGACGAGAUCCUUGAUGUUGCCCAGACUAACUCCAGUUUCGCAGUCAGAAACGUUGACAGUUUCUUGUACUACAUUGCUGAGGUCUACUCUGAAGCCGUUAUUCCAGGCGGAUGUCUUGGUGACCUCUAA